CUUCCAUCUAUGAUCCAACCCAAAUUUCGCGAACACGAAUUGUGCCAGUUAUCCGAAACCUGUUGGACUAUUUGGACUUCUUAUGAUUAAUUAAAAAGUUUUUAACGAUAUCUCUCAGUCUGUGCAUUAAAAAUCAAUACAACAGGAAUUUUUGUCCAACUAUUUCGAUUCUAAUUUUGUAUUCCCCAUCGAAGAGUUUAUUUUUGUACUUUAUUUACAACAAAACUGCAUCAUAAAACAGAAGUGUUUAUGCUGUUCCGUGAUCGAGAGUCCAGUGAAAAAUAGUUUCAGUUUUUAACCCAUGGGAAAGACACAUGAAGUAGUUUUGAAUUUGCAGAGAUCUUCCCCCGACGAGCAAUGGGGUUUCAGUUUGGUCGGAGGGGCCGACGUUAAAACGCCACUUAUUGUAACCAGAGUGGGGUUCGGAUCACCCGUAGAGGGUGUUCUUCACAGGGGUGAUAUCAUCACCAAAGUUGGAAACUAUGAUUCAAGGGACAUUCGCCACCAAGAUGCACAAAAUCUGUUUAAAGGUGGCAACAACAUUCGAGUGGUAGUACAAAGAGAAAAUGCCCCUAGGAGCACAGGUUCCUCAAGGACAAGCUCGCACAACUACAGCCCGCUGUCAGUAUCUCCACAUUUAUCACCUAAAGGAUCCAUUCCUUCGGGAUACAGUCCGGGAGGAUCAGCUCUAACGCCAAUGUAUUCUUCGCCCCUAACUCCCAUCGACAACAAUUAUUUUGAAACUUACGAAUAUGAACCGAAUAGAAAAGAUAACAGUCAACAAGAAGUUCACGUCACAAACCAGCCGUACCGUACUACCCCUCUAGUACUUCCCGGUGCCAAAGUGAAACGUGACCAAGGGCCUACGGAAAGUUACCUUCGUCAUCAUCCAAACCCUUCAGUACGAGCACCCCCACACCAUAUGGAUUCUGACUAUGCUUUAAGACAAAAGGUUGCAUCCUCGGUGUUAGAAAGAAUUUCAAUUGGCGAUCCAAAUAAACAGCUUGUACACAAACAAUUCAAUUCUCCAUUAAACUUGUACAGUGAACCAAAUCUAGUCGACACCAUUCAUAAACAGACGGGAGUAAAAGCACAACCCCGUAGACAAGUGAAAUUCAACCCAUCUGAAAGUGAGACAUACAAGGCCCUUCAAGAAGAAGAACUAGGUGAUUAUGUCCAAGAAGUAAACGUUCCUCCUCAAAGUAGAGUUUACGCCCCGAACAAAUCGAUUCCUGGAAAGAAACCUAUACUAGUGGUGAAUCAGAACCCUCAAUAUACUAGCGCACUUGGUAAUGAUCCUGAGGUAAUCCAGCAAAGCGGAUCUUUCAAGAGGUUGAUGUGGAGCGUCAUGCCUGGCAGCCAAUACUAAAUCUCUUUAAAAUCAAAAGUCUGGUAACAAAAACGUUCACCGUGAAAUAUGCCUGACAUCUAGGAUAUAUCACAGAUGAAUAUCAAAAAUAUUCCUUAAAAUUAUUGGUGGAUACCUGUCAAAUUAUCAGCCAUAUUGCAAACACGUAAGGCCAUCUUUGAUAUCCAUGGUUAGAUGAAAUUGAUAGGUAUUAAGCCUUUUUAAUACUUAACUGCUUUAUUUAUUUUAUUUAUUGUAAGAACAUCGAUUUAUUUGCAGCAGCAAAUAUUAUCCGAUUUGUCGUCGUUUUAUUUCGUUGUUAAUUUUGUUUGAAACGAGUUCUUUGAACGAGUGUAAUCUAGUCAGGUUUAUUAAAAUGUACAUUUAAGAAUAUUAUCUAUUGUAUUAUGCACAAUAAUUAAGUGUUGUGUUUACCGAAUCACGUUGUAGAUUUAAAUGAAAUUUUUGAAAGGAGUGUUUAUUUAUUACCCGCUAUGUUUACAUUCACCUAUAAAUACAUAUUUUUUCUGAAAUU